AUGUUUCUGAGUACAGACCUCAAUUACAUAUCAUUCUUGGAAGCUGCGAUCACAUCAGUCUUGUCCUUGGCGCUUCUCCUGGCAGUGUCCCACCAGCUCUGGUCCUUCAGAUGGCACAGCACCAGGGACAGGGCUAACAAGCUACCUCUUCCCAAAGGCUCCAUGGGCUGGCCAUUUUUUGGGGAAACUCUACACUGGCUAGUGCAGGGUUCAGACUUCCACAGCUCCAGGAGGGAGAAGUAUGGGAACAUUUUUAAAACUCAUCUUCUGGGAAAACCACUGAUCCGUGUGACUGGCGCUGAGAAUAUCCGCAAGAUCCUGCUGGGGGAGCACCACCUGGUUAGUGCCCAGUGGCCCCAGAGCACCCAGAUCAUCCUAGGCUCCAAUACACUGGUCAACUCCAUUGGAGAGCUCCAUAGACACAAGAGAAAAGUUAUGGCCAAGGUGUUCAGCCACCAGGCGUUGGAGAGCUACAUCCCCCGCAUCCAGGAGGCUGUGAUCCUGGAGCUCCAGGGCUGGUGCAGGGAGGUCGGACCCAUCUCCAUGUUCCCCUCUGCUAAAGCACUCACUUUCCGGAUCGCUGCCCGCAUCUUGCUGGGGCUCAGCCUGGGGGAGAAGCAGUAUAAAGAGCUGGCCAGGGUGUUUGAGCAGCUAGUGGAGAACCUCUUCUCUCUGCCUCUGGAUAUCCCAUUCAGUGGACUCCGCAAGGGUAUCAAUGCACGUAAAACAUUACACCAGUACAUGGAAGAAGCCAUCAAGGAUAAAAUCACAAGAAGAGACCCUGAGCUGUGUGAAGAUGCUCUGGAUUACCUGAUAGACAGUGCUAAGGAGAAUGGCAAGGAGCUGAAUAUGCAGGAGUUAAAGGAAUCUGCUAUUGAACUUAUGUUCGCUGCCUUCUUCACGACUGCCAGUGCCAGUACCUCCCUCAUCCUGCUUUUACUCAAACAUCCAUCUGCCAUACAGAAGCUGAGACAAGAACUGGCAUCCCAUGGGUUAAACAAACAGUGCCAGUGUCUUCACUCUCCAGAUAGCCCUAAUAACAAUACCAUGGAUGAGAAAUGUGCAACUGCAGGGUGCCAUGCCUCUACCUUGCCAGGCCCAGAUGGCCAAAGUGAAAGAACUGUGGGAAAAGACCAAGCUGGUGAUGGUGGAGAAGAAUGAACAUGAGCAUACAUGUUCUGUAACCAGGAGAUGUCAAGAUGGUGUGCAUCGUCAGUACCUGUGCAAUGGUGCACCAUACGAGAAGGAUACACCUCUGUACCUUUCAGGUGCUGCCAGAUUACUAGGAGGAUGUCAGGGAUGGAGAAACGAGUGUACAUGUCAGCUAAACCUUAAUCUGGAGAAAAUAAAGGGACUCAACUACCUGGACUGUGUGGUGAAAGAGGUGCUGCGUCUGCUUCCUCCAGUGUCUGGAGGCUACAGAACUGCUCUGCAGACAUUUGAGUUAGAUGGCUACCAGAUACCCAAAGGCUGGAGUGUCAUGUACAGUAUUCGAGACACCCAUGAAACUGCUGCAAUUUAUCAAAAUGCUGAAUCCUUCGACCCCGACCGUUUCAAUGCAGAAAAAGAGGAAAGCAAAGCUAGUAGAUUCAACUACAUUCCCUUUGGUGGUGGAGUCCGAAGUUGCAUUGGCAAAGAAUUGGCACAAAUCAUACUGAAGAUUCUUGCCAUUGAGCUGGUAGGCACUGCCCAGUGGGAGCUGGCCACCCCAAAUUUCCCAAAAAUGCAGACUGUUCCCAUAGUACACCCUGUAGAUGGACUUCACCUCUUCUUCCGAUUUUUACGUUCCAGUGACAAUAAUACAGCAUCAGAAAGUUUAUGA